AUGCACGACCCCGCGGUAUCACCAGAUGAUACUAUCCGACCUGACAGACAGGCAGAUAUAAGUGGUCUGAGAGGAAGAGAAAUGGUCAAGCCAGCAACGUCGAGCUCAGGCUUUUUUCAAGCCAAUCCGGUUCUGGAUAAGAACCAGUAUGAAUCGGAUAAGGGUUUACAGCGGACAUUGCGAUUCUUCCGACCGCACUCCUUGUCGCGGACUCUGGAAUCAAGAGCUGUUAAAGAACUCACAGAGCUUGGUGCGGAGGUGGUUACUCCUCAGACUUAUGAAUGGGUCGACGAGGCAGAACGAAAUCCGCCGUUUAUUGUGGAACAGGAUACGUUUGGCCAUCCAAUAAAUAAGCUGGUGACAAGUGAAGGUUGGAGGAGACUCAAAGAUGUAGCGGCAGUUCAGGGGGUGGUGUCAACUGCUUUUGAACGCAGAUAUGCUGAAUAUAGUCGUCUGGUGUCGUUUGCAAAGGUGUAUUUAUUCGGACCUUCGUCGGCUAUGGUCUCAUGUCCUUUGGCAAUGACUGAUGGAUGUGCCAAGCUGCUCGAGGCAAAUGGUCUGACGACUCCUGGAAUGAGACGAGCUUUUGAUCAUUUGACUACAAGAACUCCUAGUAGAGCUUGGACUUCUGGACAGUGGAUGACUGAACGUCCUGGUGGGUCAGAUGUUAGUCGUUCGGAGACAACGGCUGUUAAAACUAGAGCUGGUCAUGAUUACUACUGUCUGGAUGGAUUCAAAUGGUUUUCCAGUGCCACGGAUUCCCAGGUAUCUGUCAUGUUGGCACAUAGGGUAGAUCGCAAGGGAAACCAUUUGGAUGGCGGGAAAUUGUCUUGUUUCUUGGGGUAUGUACAAGAUGAGGAUGGAAAGACAAGUUCUGUGCGUCUACACCGAUUGAAAAAGAAGUUUGGUACUACCCCCUUGCCAACAGCAGAAGUUCAAUUAACAGCAUUGAAAGGUGAGUUGCUUGGAAAACCGGGUCAGGGAGUCAAGACAAUUGCUACUGUUUUAAAUGUGACUCGUGUUUAUAGUUCAGUGUCUUCUCUCGCAUUCUGGAGAAGAGCUCUGUACAUUGCAAAAGAGUAUUCGCUGGUGAGAAGUGUGUUCGGGAAAAAGCUCUACCAACUGCCUGCUCAUGUCCGGGUUCUGGCAUCUCAGGAGAUCCAGAUUCGUGGUCAUAGUUUCCUGUCGUUUUACGGAGCUGCUCUAUUGGGCCGCGAGGAGGUCGUUCCCAAGGAUCUUACUGAGCAGGAGAAAGUCCUUUUGAGAAUCAUUCCUGGUUUGUCCAAGAUAUCUACCUGUAAACGUGCUGUGAGAGGAGUGUCUGAAUGUAUGGAAGCACUUGGUGGAGUGGGAUAUUUAGAACAUGAUGUGCGGAUGAAUAUUGGCAAGCUGCUACGUGAUUGCCAAGUCAAUGCUAUCUGGGAGGGAACUACUAAUGUUCUCUGUGAUGAUGCCAUCAGAUACAUCUCCAAAGACUGGAAAUCUGUUAAAAAGGCACUGAUCUGGUUCGCUGACAAUCACUUGGAGGAUGACGAGACUGAGUUUCAUGUUUCUGCACGCAGUGAACUCAGAGUCAUUGUGAAAGACAGACUGGAGAAAUGGAUUGCAAAGUUCGAGUCUACUCCAUUCCCUGAACUUCAACGCGAUGCACGAGCUGUCAUGUUCCCGCUUGCUGAUAUCGUUAUUUCGAUUCUCACGGUAGCUGAUCUCAGACCUACUAGAGACAUGAUCCAGGACUCUAUUGCCGAGGUCGUGGCCGGUACAUGGGCCCGCCAGUCGACUGUUUCUAGUUUCGAUCUGGAUUAUUUGGUUGUGUACGAGAAGCCACUGGACGAAAAGCCGAAGCUAUAG